AUGCAAGUAUACCAAGAACAAGCUUGGAAUGAGUCAUUAUGUGGUUGUUUUAAUGAUCGACGUAUGUGUUGUUAUGGAUUUUGGUGUUGUUGUUGUUUAUAUGGUCAAAAUACAGCAAAAAUUGAUAAUCAUUCAACAUGUUUAACUCAUUGUUGUGUGUAUUGUUUCAUGAGUUUAUUUGGUUGUUGUUGUCUUAUUCAUACAGUUAGACGUGGACAAUUAAGAGAAAAAUAUAGUUUAGAAGAAGGUGUUUGUGGAGAUUGUUUAGUUACAUGUUGUUGUCCACCAUGUGCUAUUUGUCAAGAAGCUCGAGAAAUGAAAGUGAGAGGAUAUCCACCACCGCCAAUAAUUAUAAUCCAUCAACCUGCUGUGUCUGUAUCAAGUCUAGCUGAUAGCAGCGUAAAUAACUGAUGAAAUAGCAUAAUGAUUUUUAUAUUUUAAUAAAAGAAAAUAAUUUCAAGAAUUGAUUUUUAUCCACAUAUUACUUGAAUAUUUAAUUUUCAAGGGUAUACUAUAGUUCAAAAGGACUUUAUUGUGUAUAAUGAUAUGAGAUAGUAUUUUUCAUAUAGAGAAAAAUGAUUCUUUUAAUAUAAUGUAAUUUCAUAUGGUUAUUUUGAAAAUUUUUACAUGGAUUAAUAGAAACAUAUUAUAUUGGAUAUAUGAUGAAGAAUCUUUCUUCGAAUUCUAAUUCAUAUUUAUUCGAAAAACUUAAUAGAGAAUAUUAUUAUUUUAUCAGUCAUGUGAAAUGAGAAUACAUGAAAAAUAAAUUCAUUUUAUUGUGUUCAACUAUCAAUGCUUACAUUUACUUUUUUUUGUUUUUUUUCACAAGAUCUUUCUUAGUCAAGCAAUAGGUUGUAAGAUAUGCCUUCAUAGUUUGUAACAAAUUUUUCUGAAAUAUCAAGUAAAAUAAUUCUUUGAUUGACAAUAAGAAUUAAUUUAUAAUGUAUAGACUUUUCGUUCAAAGAAAAAUUUCGAAAUGAAUCAAAUGUUUUUUUGUACGAAAAGAGAUAGUGCACAACUCCAUCAAACAUGAUCAUCUUUUUGAAAAUCUUGAUUCCUAUAUUCUUUUUUGUUUCAAAUCAAAGAACAUCCUUUAAAAACCUUUGAAUCUAAAUUUUCGUUUAUUCUAGCUCACAUCCGAAAGAUUAUCAAGUCAAUACCAGAUACAGAACUCUAACGAACUUUUUCGAAAAAAAAAAUUUUUCUUUUGCUGAACUUGGCUAGGCAGUAUUGGGUUAUUUAUGUGAAACAUGAUCUAAAAAGGCAUGCUGAAGUGUAGAGGGUAAAAAUUUGAAUCCACUGCCUUCUACAAACUGUGAUAGAUUCCUCGGCGACUCAUCAUAAAUCAUGGUUGCAAGAUCAAAAAGUUAUAAAUCAGAAUUUUGGCAAUGAAAAUUCGAAAAUUUUUUUAUGCCAGUUUUGGAAAAAACUCGGAAAGUAGUUAAUUGACGUUUAAAUACAUAUGUUGACUCUUUCUAUUGAAAUAUAUUUUGUUCUAUUAGCUAGCAUUUUAUAUGAAAAUUGUUAGCAAUAUAAUUUUAUUUUACUUCUUCAAUCUCGGUUAUAUUCGUAUUCGAAUCUUCGAACUCGUCAUUCAUGUUUGAAUCGAAUUCAAUUUAACACAUUAGAAUUAUCAUAUGAAAGGGUUCCUUCUUAAACUUAAAACUCAGCUUAUAUUAGCAAAAUUAUUUAUUCAACUAGCUUCUUUUAAUUACAUAAUCUGUUUAGUUUAGUUCGGAAAGGUUUUAGAUUCAAAAGAGCAUGUACUAUUAGUAGUAUCAAAGCUGUGUACUAUAUCAUGAUUACAUUAGCAUAAUAACGAUGCAUUAAUUACUGGAAAGAGUUAACUUCGAAGUCAUAAUCAAACUUAUAAAAGCUCGAAUUUAGCAAAGCACAACAGCUCGGAAAAAAAAAUUUGGAAACAUCUCGAAAUUCAGAAAGUCAGAAAAAAUGUAAAAACUAGGAAUUUUUCCUGUCAUUGCGGAGAUCUGGCAACUCUGUCACAGAUAGUAACAAACACUCUGGUGCUUAUCAAAGACUGUGAUAGAUACCGUAGUAACCGAUCACAGGCUUUGAUGGGCACUUUGGCAAUUCUCUCUGUGACAGUGUGAAUAACAGCUAUAUCGUGGUUCACAUUUUAAUCUUACAGAGAUUGUUCUAAUAGCUUUUUCCAAAGUGAUACAUCAGAAUCUAUUCGACUGAUAUCUCAUUCGAUAGAGUGCAUUUCGCUCUAUCUUCUCGACAAAUCCUAAUAGUAUAUAAGCAUACCAAACUCGAAACUAAUACCAAUUUCAAAAAAAGAGAAAAAGUGUGAGUAUUUUUUGAAUAACUUUUGAUAGAAACUAUAUAGAGAACUAUGAUUUUCAUCAUUUGAAAGAAGAAGCUGUGUCACUGUAUAGUUCCAUAUAGCAUUCAACAAUAUGGGUUCAUAAUUCAAUAAUCAAUCAGUGGUCUUCGGGAAAAGACUGAAAGCUGUAUGAUGAUUGCAUUGAGUUUCUAAUAUAAUGAGUGCGAUAGAUCCGCCAACUCAAGCUCUACAAAUCUACGCAAGUCGGAUCUUUCUAUGUUGUUUACUUUAAAAGUUAUGCACAUUCUAAUAAUGACGAUGCCACCUCCAUAUCAG